AUGGGAGUACUCGGCGAUGUCUCCCCAGGAGGCACCAUAGCGAUCGGUAUUAUCGUCGGUCUCAUAUCCACGAGCGUCCAGUCCCUCGGCCUCACCUUACAGCGAAAAUCGCAUAUGCUCGAAGACGAAAAAUAUCCACUCGAAUUCCAAAGACCUGCGUAUCGAAGGCGAAGAUGGCAGUUGGGGAUGGGCAUGUUUAUUAUAUCCAACAUAUUCGGAAGUACCAUUCAGAUCUCUACCCUUCCGUUACCAGUCCUUUCAGCCCUCCAAGCCGCCGGGCUAGUAUUCAACUCUGUAUGCGCGACAUUAAUAUUAGGCGAACCUUUUACGCAAUGGUCCUUCUACGGAACCGCGCUGGUUACUACCGGGGCGGCACUAAUUGCGACAUUCGGCGCGAUACCUUCUCCGGCACAUAGUUUACAAGAGUUAUUGGAUUUGCUUGGUAGAUGGCCUUUCAUCCUAUGGAUGUCACUCCAGGGCGUCCUCGUUAUCUCAAUGGCGGUUGUCAUCGACCUUGUCAACCAUUUUAGCAGUCUUUCGCAGAAUUCGAGAUUCCGACUAGCACGCGGCCUCGUAUUCGGUUGUAUCAGCGGCAUUCUGUCGGCUCAUUCUCUAUUAUUCGCAAAAUCCGCCGUCGAGUUGGUUAUUAGGACGAUUGCUGAUGGCGACAACCAAUUCCUGCAUUGGGAAUCUUGGAUGAUUGUCUUUGGACUCGUUGCCUUGGCCUUGAGCCAACUGUAUUACCUUCACCGUGGAUUGAAGCUAGUAUCCACAUCUGUAUUAUAUCCCCUUGUGUUUUGCAUUUACAACAUCAUCGCUAUUUUGGAUGGUUUGAUAUACUUCCGACAAACGGACCUCAUUACACCCUUACACGGCGGACUCAUCGCAUUAGGUACCGUCAUCCUAUUAUCUGGAGUUUUAGCCUUAUCAUGGCGCCUCAGCGACGAGCAGCACCCUCCUGCUGUAGGACAGUCAUCCCUAGCUCCAGGAUUAGGACUUGUGGAGGAUACAGAAGGAGAAGAGUCAUCCCCUGCAGACACUGACUCCGUUGGUGCGGCUGAAGAGGCCGUGCCAGCAACAUAUAACACAUUCGCGCCGGUUGGAGAGACCACGCCUCUCACGCCAGGCCGCAAGCCGUCGACUCGUUGGUAUGAACGCGCACAAAUAUGGGACGAACUAGAAGAUCAAGAUACACCAAGACCAUCAUUUAGUAGAUACAGGUCUAGCACUAUACCAGAUAGCGCAAUUGGCGAAAGUACACCAUUAAUGGGGGAUCGAAGGGUCAUCUCGGGAGAAUCCACGUUAUCGCUUAGUGCGGCUGAGCAAGGUGGAGAUUCACCGAGAAAAAUAUUCAGACGACGGAGAAAGUCAACAGGUUUCCCAGGUUUUACAGCGCGCAAACACGUCCGACGGAAGAGUUCAGCCAGCGCAGGAGUUCAGGAUACCCUGGGUGGAUUUCUGAGGCUGAGGUGGUGGCGUGGGAAACACAGUAAUCACUCAGACGUAGCGGUAGCGAGCUCGCCGGGGAGUGGGAGUCAAAGAAGACAGUCCUGGGUCUGGAGUCCAUCGAGGCAGCAACACCCCGAUGAUCAACCCGAGGACAACGGUGAGAGGAGGGACUAUAAUCAGAGGUCGCGACCAGAAAGCCCCAGAGGCGAUGACGCUGUUUAA